AUGGAGGCGAACGGGCCGGUUCAGUCGCUGGCGGCCAUGCGCCUGCGUACGCUGCUGCGACGGUCGAUCGACGCUCUCCGCUCGGCCUUUCGUGCGGUCCCGUCAGCGUCGUCGUCGUCGACGCCCACGGCUUCAUCGCAUUCUGAAAAGUCGAGCGCCGAAGCGGAGGGCACCGAACGGGAUGCCGACUACUGGAAUCGGACGCUGGCGGUGCUGAAACAGGACUACUACGCUCUGCUCAACGAAUCGGAAGAGCACUUGGACCGCCUCGCCGACAUUCUACCUGAGUUGGGGGCGUACGGCCUGAGAGCGCACCUGGAGCGGCUGAGCGAGCUCUACGCCCGGCAGUGCUUGGGCUUGCAGGCCGCACUCAAGGGCCAGCGCGGCGUUGCGGAGAGCAAGAAGCGGGGCCUGCCCCGAGCGGCGCCUCGCCGCCUGGGCGAUAAGAAGUCGCCCAGGGCCAAGCUGGCGGCGAAGCUGGACCGCAUCCUGCAGCUGUCCAAGCAGACCCGCGCCACGACCCGCCUGUUGCUGCAGCUCGAGGGCGUAUGGCAGGGCGAGGCGGACGACGGUGAUGAGGCAUUGCCGACGAUGGGCGGCAGGCCGCAGCAUCAGGCGUGGGAGGACGCGGCGCGCCACUACCACGCGCUCGGCGAGGAGCUACGCCGGACGCACGACGAGUGGCUGCAGGGCCAGGCCACCCUGCUCGCCAUCCUCUCGGCUGGCGGCGACCAGUCCCCAAACAACACGUCGGCCUCGUCGCGCGCCGUCGACAGCGACACGUCGACAUUCGAAGCCGCUGACUCCACAUCAUCACCACAGCCCUCGGUCAUCGCCGCGGCCCGCCUGGAGGGCCUCAUCGCGGAGCAGAUCUUCGAAGCCCAGACCCCGCCGGAGGCCCCCGCCGCGGUGGACGAGACGACGACGAAGGGCGGCGGCGCGGGCCUGACGAAGCGCGAGCAGCGGAUCGCCGAGCGAAAGCGGCAGGAGGAGAUGAAGCGGGCGGCCGCGGCGGAGAGGGCCGCCAGCGGUGCGGCCGGCAGCGUGGACGAGGAGCGGCUGCAGCUGGUCAACGAACUCAAGUCCGUGCUGGCCCUCACCGACCAGCGGCGACCACAGCUGCGACUCUCACAACCCUCUGGCCACGAAGAAGGCCAAAGUUGA